UAGCUAGACGAACACGACGUGAAUUAUCGUAUGACAGUUUUAUCAUUUGAAAAAAAAAAUGUAUUAAUAUAUUUAUAGCAGAUAAAUUAUUUUUACAUUUCUAGUAUAACUCAGACAAUAGUACAACAGAAGCAACGUUAAAAUUAAGUAAUAAAUAUUGUUUAAUUCGGCUCGAAACAGUGACAGUCACGUUUGUUUAUUGGUUAACAUCCGCCAUUUUGUACUGUCGUUUGUUUAGUGACUGGGUCCUUUCUUAGUGAUGCUUUUUAGUUCUUCCGAAAAUAUAUGUGAUUUUUCAAGUGUAGUACAAUGUUUUUGCUAGAAACGUUGCCUUUAAAGGUAUUAUAUUGAAUUGUGUGACUUGUCAAUCUGACGUCGGUAAAUCAUCUACCUAUGUGCCGGAUGUGUCCUACAAUCGGUUAGGGCGAUUUUACGUGCCACCUUGAGUGGUGUACGUGUCCCGACACCUAUGCUGCCAAGAUUAUGAGUGGCAACGGGAAUCAGGUGCCGUUGGCGCCGAAUCAACGUGGCCCCGGACCUUAUCCUCGGGCGCCUACACCACACAGAACGGAAUGCUACCAUCCCUCGGGCAGCAGCGGGGCGGCCUUCAUGGCGAGCUCGGGCGGAGGCGCGCAGCCAGCGCCGCAGGCAGGCCUCCGCGCACAGCCGGCGCCCCCGCAGGCGGCGCCGCCGGCACCACCACAGGACAUGACGAAGAACUCUAUGGCUGGGCACAGCUUCGUGGCACCACAGAGCCAGACGCCGCAGACGCGGCCGCAGUACCACAACUACCAGUUCCGGCCGGGCCAGCACGGCACCAGGCCGAAUGCACAUCCUAGGCAGCAGCAACCGUUCAUCCCGAGCCCCGCCGCGGCGGCCGCGUCGGGCCCGGUCAUGUACCACCCCACGCUGGUGUUCCCGCACAUGAGCCUGCCGCCGCAGUCCUACCAGCAGCCGCGCUCGCAAGGGUUCUACCAGUACGUCACACCUUACAUAAGUUACACGAAUCCCGCGAACCACACGCCGCCUUAUACUUACUACCCACCAAACAGCCAACAACUGCCGACGCCCAACUUGCAGUCGAGCGCGCCGGGCGGCCGCAGCAACCCCACCACGCUGAUGGGCCCGCAGGGCACGCCGCCCACGCCCACCGCGCCCGCGGUCUCGCUCUCGCAUUCCCAGACACCCGCUCACAUGCACCAAACCAUAUCUGGUAUACGUCCGACGCAAACGAAACGUAGUCAUAGGCUCGCAAUCAUUGAUCCCGUCACUAGGCAAGAUAUAUUGACUGAUUUAUAUUCAAAUAAUGAUAGUCAAUAUUUAAGUGGAGAAUCUAGCGAGCGGCAAACGCCCCAACCCGAACCGACACACAGCAUUGCUGAACAGUUCUCGAGAAUGGUCAAUGAGGUGGCUAAUCAGCCAACCACAUGCGAAAGUUCAAUGAAGCCAAGUUAUAAAAAUGCAGAUUUGCCUAUAUCUUCCGCAAGCCCUAUGCAGCCGCAACUAAAUGCAAUAAACUCUUUAAAUAAUAGUUUAGUAAAGUCUGAGAUAUUAACUGUUAGCGAAAAUAAAAUAUUAGGACCUGAUGUUGCUGCAGUACCUAACGAAACUCCAAUAGUAUCAGCGAUAUCAGACAGUCCUGUUAUAGUGCCUAAACUGCCCAAUGUUAAGCAGCUGCAAAAGACUAGUGAUCAGAAUAUACAGCCUUUAGUAGUAGACAGCAAUAAGAUUAUAUCACCAAAUAAACAACCACACAAACAUAAAACUAAACCAGUUGUGCCUCAAGAAGAAGAAAUAAAUAAGUCCACAGAGAAUAUCAGCAGUGUAGGGCCCACCGCGUCGGCGAUACCGAGCGCCCUCCCUCCCGCUGCUCCCGCAAGCUUCCCCGCCCCCGCUCCCGUGCCCGCCCCCGCGCCUGCGCCCGUCCCCGCGGCCCCCGCACCAGCACAGGCCGUUGCACCCACUGCCAUGCUAGCCCCGCAGCCUCAAAGAAUACGAGAACCCAGGGAGCGUGUCAGAUCAGAAGAAAAGGAAAGAGAUAAAAACAAGGACAGGGACGUACAACAAGCAGAAGCAGACACCUUGCUCGCCAACAAGCACCAGAAUGGACCUACAAAUCUAGUGAUUAGUAGUUCAGUUGAUGGAGAAAAUAUCAACCUUCCAACUAGUCAAACAAAUCCAAAUUCUGAUUCAAUAAAGAGGCAAGGUGUACAAGCUGUAGUUACAGCUGAAAUUGACACCCUAUCACAAGUGAAAAAUAUUGAAGUACUGAGUAAGAUUGAAGAGGCACCGGCGGCACAGGAGCAGGCACCAACUGCCACACAGUUAUUAUCAGCAAGUAUUGAAAAGAUUGCUAAGGAAUCUCCAACAGUUCCAGAAACUAUUGAGAGUAAAGAAGCUUCCAGUGCUAUACAAGCACAAGUUAAAUUAAAUCAGAGCUUAGCAAGCUGCAUUCGCUCUACUCAAGGUGACCCUAAGAUGAAAGACGUCAAUCUUAACAAUAAGACCAUAGAUUCAGAUACUGCCAAUGGUAAUACUACUGAGCUAAGUAAAACUGAGACUGUUAAGGAAGAUAUUAACAAAAAUGAGAAACUUGUAAAGAAUUCCAAAAAUUUGAGUAAGAAAUCAUCAAACAAGAUGGCGAGUAAUGAGAAAGAGACAGAAUCAUAUGAAAAUGGUAAAGAUGAGACUGAUAAAGUAAGUAUUGUAGAAGAGGACAAAGGUUUGCCUAAGAAUGAAGAGGUCCCUGAAAAAUCAACAGGUGCUGCCGAAAAGCCCGAGGCUGCUCCUGUAUUUGUUCCUAAAUACAAAUAUGGUGAAGACCAAUGGUCUCCAUUGAACACAUCUGGGAAGAAGUGCUAUGAUAUAAUGUUGCUCAAACAAAUUAGAGAUGACCCACUCUCAAAGGACAAGCCAAAUGCGCCUAAACUUGAGUCAUGCAAUGUAAUUAGGACGGUGCCUAUGCAAGAGCCAAUGCCUUUUGCUAAUAUUUCAAGGCCCAUGAAUGACUCACUUUUCCCACCAUUUUUGAAAAAUGCUGGUAUGGGCUCAAGGAAUAAUUCUCUUAGAGAUGCUAAGAAAGAUGGAAGGAACAUGUCUGCUAGUGGUAAAAGCAGUGGUAAGCUCCCACUUACUCCAAGUGGUAGCAGCUCCCACAAGCAAGUCAUCUCCAUCUCAUUACGAGAAGAUGUCAGACUUUCCGAGACCGAAAAUGCCUGGAAACCUACUAGGUUCAAGAAGGAGACCCUUACUGAGGAAGAUGCUAAGACUCAGGAGUUGUACAAGAAGUUCAGGGGCAUUCUGAACAAACUCACGCCGCAGAAGUUCGACACGUUAAUAGAGAAAGUUAAACACCUCGAGAUCACUAAUCAAAAACGCCUUGAAGGUGUCAUUGACUUGGUGUUUGAGAAGGCGAUAGAUGAACCCAAUUUUUCUGAAGCCUAUGCUUUAAUGUGUAAUAAGCUCUCCACACUCAAGGUUCCUGCUGAUAAUGCGUCUUCGCCCGACCAGUGCGUCAAUUUCAGGGCUCUUAUCAUUAGUAAAUGCCAAAAUCAGUUUGUUACUGACAAGGUAGAUGAACAAGUUAUGAAAUUAGAAACUGACUUAGCCGAGUGCACUGAUCCUGCCAAGAAGAAAGAGCUUCAAUUGAUGCUGGAAGAAGAGAACCGUAGGGUUAGAAUGCGAUCGGUUGGAAACGUCAGAUUCAUUGGUGAACUGUACAAGUUGAAAAUGCUGACCUCAAAGAUAAUGGUUUAUUGUAUGAAUUAUCUGAUCGACAAGCUGGAGGAAGAGAAGCUGGAGUGCCUGUGCAAGCUGCUGACGACCAUCGGCGAGCAGGUGGAGAGCGAGGUCAAGGAUAACAUCGAGAGUGUGUUCAAGAAAAUGCAGGACAUCGUGGACCGCAAGUCUAAUAAAAUUAGUAGUCGAGUUAGGUUCAUGAUCCAAGACGUCAUUGCACUGAGAAAACGAAGAUGGGUGACAAAGAGUGUUGUUGACUCACAGCCGAAAAUGAUGGAUCAAAUCCAAAAGGAGGCCGAGCAACAGCAGCGACAUAUUGAAUUGAUGAAUGCAAACCCCAUGGGCGGUGGGUUCCGGCGAGACGACGGCGGCCGUGGCAAGCGCGGCGACGGGCGGCGGCAAAAUAACAAUUCUUUCAUGGACAACAGCAAUAAUUGGAAGACAACUAGGCCAAAUUAUAUGGUUGAUACUUCUAAAUUUAAGGCUGUCACUCAAAAUCAGAAGAUUAACAGUAUAAAAUUGGCUCCACAAACUGGUUUAGGGUGGAACCAUGGUUCGGGCACAAAAACUACAGCACAGGCUAGUGCUGGUAGCAAUUCUAUGAUUAGUCUUUCAAAGAAUAUGUACAGUGUCCUAGAGAAUGUUCAGACUGACCCAACUUCAAUUAGGAGUAAUAAAGAUAUGAGUCCUAGUUAUCAUUCUAAAGGUGCCUCUAUUGAGAGAUCCACGUUUAACUCGAGAGGUGACUUUAGUGGUCCCGGCAGCGGUAGUAAGUCGGGCUCGAUGGGCGUGGCUCGCUCCAACUCGGGCACCCGCGGCACCGGCGCGGCGCCGGCGACGCCCGCUAAGUCCGCCGCGGCGCCCUCGCCGGCGGAAGCCGCACCCGCGCCGCCCGCCGCCGUACCGCAGGAGCCUCUCCCUGAUCCCAAGAAGAAGACUGUCAAGUCGAUGAUAGACCAAUGUCUCAUCAACUCCGAUAAUGUAGAACUGGCUGCCGAUGUCAAAAACCUUAUCGAGCCCCAGUACCAUGCGGCCCUCGUCACUGAAAUUAUUACCGUUGCAGUAGAAAAGUCACCUAAGGAAGUUGCAAUAAUCACCAAAUCAGUGCUACAUUUAGUAUCGACUAAUGUAGUCUCAGGUGAUAACUUGUUAGCGGGGUUGAAAGAAUUCUGCGAAUUCGCUCCUGAUUUGUACAUUGAUAUACCUAUGUUGUAUGAAUAUUUAGGGUGGUUCAUGGCUCCACAAAUUGAAAAGAAAUAUAUUAACUUCGUUCAAGUAUUUAGCCUCUGUAAUACGAUAAUAUCGGCGAACCAUGGGCAUUUGCUGCUUAAAUCAAUAUUUAAGAAUAUGAAAGAAAGCAUGGGACCUUCCUUUGUGAAAAGCAAAUGGCAAGAGUCCGGGCUCAAAUUCAGCGAAUGGAUGAGUGAAGAUCAGGUUUCAAAAUGGUUAGAGGACAACAAAUUCGAAUUCUUAGAAGGAGCUAAGGUUUGUGAAGAAACGAAAAAAAUAUUAACUCCCGCCGAUACACAAAGCAAAUUGCUGCAAUUGAUGAACUCUGAUGAAAAUCGUGAUUGUAUACGAGGAUGGGUUCAGGAUAACCUCGGGAAAGCUGCGAACGAAGAGUGGUUCAUGCGUUCGCUGAUCCAAGCAAUUUGCGAGCACGCGCUCUUCGGUGCCGAGGGCCGGGACGCGCCCCGCUUCAACCAAGACAGGAUGAACAAAUACUGCGGGCUCAUCAACGAGUUCGGCGAAGUCAGGGACGCGAGGGAAGCCAGCUGUUUACUGGGCAUUCAGCAGCUCAUGCAUAAUCUAGAACAUCCUCAAGGCAUAACACUAGAAAUUUUCCAAUAUUUACAUGAACAAUACAUAAUUUCUGUGGAUAGUUUUAUUGCUUGGGAAGAAUCACAAAAGGAACUUGAAGGCAAAGCGGUAAUGAUGAAGGCGCUGACGUCGUUCUUCACGAACAUCAAGGAAGCGGACAACGAGGACUCGUGCAGCGAGGACUGACGUGGGCCCCCCGCCGCCGCCGCCGCCGCCGUCGCCGGCGCGCCGCCGCCGCAGCCGCCGUAUGCGCUUUACGCGCCCCGUGCGGCCGACGCAUCCGCUUACAAUGUCUUCUAUAUUUUUAUAUACUAGAAUCAACCUACACUGAAUUCAUAGAAUAAUAGAUUAUAUUAUUAUGUAAUGCUUACUAACAAGGCUAGAAAAGUUGUAUGAUAUUUUUUAAAGCUAUAGUUAUUUAUAAUGUUUAAUGAUGACUACGUACUUUGAAAAAAUAAUUGAGAAUAAAUAUGCUUGGGAUGGAAUAAUUUUAAAUUAUUAGCAACAACGUAUAUAUAUUAUCAGACAUCAGACUUGCGUUGUUAUUUGGUAGACUUGCAGGACUAAAUAUUGUUUUCAUAGUUGUCAUGAACUACGUCUACGGAUCUAUGAUGUGUUGCAAUGUGAUGCUAACGCGAAACAGGCUUUCGAAAGUUACAGUUACAUAUCUUACCAAUACUUGGUCGUAGUCUGAAAUCGGAAACGGAUUAUUAUAUUGGCUGUAUCCCCAAUUCCCUUGUAAUUUAUGUUUUAUAUAAUUUUUAUACACUUGAAACGUAAGAAUCAAACCACGAAGCAAUACGGCAUGUAUUUUUUUUCUAUAAAAUCUAGUAUUUAGUAUAGAAAAACAAAAAUUAAUAUUUUAUAUGGAACAUAUGUUACGGGGAGAUAGUUAAUAUAGAAUAUGUGCUACAAAUAGUUAACAGAAUCAUUGUAAUAAAUGUCGACAUAAACAACAAUCCAAGCAAUAAUCAUUCGUAAUAUUAAAAUGAUAGAGAAACCUACAAUUAUGUUAAAUGAUGGUUGUCUCCAAAUCCUAGUAAUUGGACUAUGUUAUGAGGUCAACAUGUUGAACGGUUUUAUAAUAUUUAAUAUGUAUAUCACUUUGUUUUUAUUGAUAUAGACAUAAUUAAUAAAGAUGUAAUUUCUAAAAUGUAAAGAA